CAAAUUUAACCGCUAGCGAGUCUGGAUUCCCUCGUAUUUUAUAAAAAUUGGGUCCCAGAAGCAAUAUUUUUGAAAAUAACUGGAUUGUUCAGAAACGACUGGAAUUGAUGGCCGCCCUUUCCCACCAGUUUAGAUGUUUUUUGUUUUUUGUUUUUUUGUUUAGCCCGGGUGGAAGUCUUCCAAUUAAAUAAAAAUAAAAUAAUUUUUCAUCUGUGCUGUCGUGAAAACCAUUUUGAUGCUUCAGUUACUAUUUUUCAUUGCGUAAUUGAGUCUGUUAAGCAUCUGCAGAAUUUCUCAAGGUUUCGAACGAGGGGUUACAAUUGCGUCUUGGUAAGGUCUGUGAAAAGCUGAUGGUCUGUAAGUGAUUGUUUAAAACGGUCUGUUGUGGAAGAAUUCUGUUUCAUAUGUCAACGGGGGAAAACAUAUGCAGCUUAAAUAUCAUAUAUGGCAGUUAAAAAAUUGGGAAAAAAGAGGAAGUUCAAGUCACUGUUUAGAUAUUCUGGUAAUUUUUUAGGUCACUGAGGAAACCUGAAAAUCUGAGGUAUUUGGAAGGAUUCUGCUCAACCUUAAUGGCCGUUAUUGUGUGGAGGAAUUGAACUUUGCAGGUGGAUUGGUCCAUUCAUGAUUUAAAAAUGGUGGAAUUACUGAUUAUUAAUGGAUGAUACUUUACAAACUGCGUUUAAUGAAACCUAUUUUGAGAAAUUGGCCAAGAGAAAUUACAAGACACCGGCAUAAUAUAAUAUAUACCCUCUUUCUUAAGCUGAAUGUGCGAGGUUUUGGAUGUGGUACAUUCCAUGCCUCAAACCCAAAAAGUAACUUAAGAGAUUCGAACUUGAUAAUCUAAUUAGGGAGAAGAGAUUGAAACCGUUGACCUCGACGCAAAAAAUCUAUGCAGCAGGUAGUCCAUGAAACUGUUAUUUCCCAUGGCGCAAGCGGGACUCGAGCAGAUAAUCUCUCAGGUUUUGGAAUUGUUAUUUUCCAUUGAGCAGGUGGGACUCAGACCUACGACAAACCAAUAGGAUGCUGGGGAGCUCUAUCCUUGAGUUACUGGCCCCUUUGCAGUCUGGACUCUGGAGUGUGGAUUGUUCUUACAACAAGAAACUGCACAUUACUUCACUUGUCAUGUUAUAGAUUUACUCCAGAAUGUUGCCAAAGUGUGCCGGACAAGCCUUUUAACAUUUUUAUGAUGCCCUAUUACAAAAAUUUGUGUCAGGUUGACUUUUGAAGAUAGUAGAAUUUAUCUAUCCCAGGAAUUACUUGGAAUCUAAAUGGGCAGGAGGUUGGAGUUGUGUAUGAUUGAGCUAUGUGGAGUGCUAUCAUGAAUUGCAGUGCAAAUAUUGGUUUGGAAAUCGUAGCACUUGUUUAACUCUGUGCAUCAAUAUGGGCAUUUGGUGGCGGCGCCUGUGCAUCUGGUUCAUGGCAGCAAUUAGUUUAAGUAGCAUGGAUGGAUGGAUUGGAAAAGCAGGGUUUGCACAUGCAGAUUGUUUUCCUCGUCAGGGUUGUGAGAUGGCUCUUGUUUCUUAUAUGAUAGCCAAAGGAGACACCUUAAAUGGUGUGUCAAGACUUUUCCGCACCACGCUUGAAAAGUUAGAGGCCAUCAAUGGCAUUUCAAAUCCAGACAUAAUACCAGAAAAUAAAUAUAUUUACAUACCAAUACCCUGCAUGUGCUUGGGUGAUCAGCUUGGAUUUAAUUUAUUGUAUGAAGUGGAGUUUGAUAAUGUUGACCUUGGAGACAUUGUGACGAAGUUCCAUAAUCUAUCAAAGGCAGAAUGGAUAAUUUCAGCUACUCCAAUUAAUGACCCUGGAAUAUUAUUUGCUGGUUUUGUCAUCAAAAUACCAUUGAAUUGUUCAUGUGGGCGUCCUGACAUCAGUGUAAAUGGACCCUUUGUCACAUAUGUAACUGAAGGAAGUGAUGGGCUUCAGAGUAUCAGGUCACAUUUUAAUUAUAAAGCUUCUGACAAGCUUGUCGAAAGUUUGAAUCCUAGUGUCAACUGGAGAAAUCGAACUCUUCAUGAAAUUGUUUUUCUUCCUGCAGGAACCGAUUACCAUGGUCGCAUCUAUCCUUCGAGUUCAAGUCAAACUGGUCAGUAUCAACAAGAUACCAGUCAUAUGCAUAACAAGCUGGUAAUUAUUGGUGUAUCAAUUGGCGGAGGGCUUCUAGUAGUCGUGGUUGCAGUGCUUACUUUUUUAUAUUUCCAUUUUUAUCUCCCCAAGAGGAGGCAAGAUCGCAUUGAACAAGAGAGAAUACCGAGUGUUUUGCUAGUCCCUUGUGUACAUUCAACAGAAAGUGCUGCAAAAGGGUUACCAAGUGCAUUUUCUGGUCAAAGCUCAAUGUCUGUAAUGUCUGGAAGUUUGCCAGUUGUAGUUUCUGAUAUUACAGGGGAAAAGUCUGUUGAGUUCUCAUAUGACGAGCUUGCUUUGGCUACAAACAAUUUCAACCUAGACCACAAGAUUGGUGAAGGUGGUUAUGGAUCUGUUUACUACGGCAUUCUUCAUGGCCAGAAAGUUGCAAUCAAGAAGAUGAAUUUACAGGGUACCAAUGAGUUUCUUGCUGAAUUGAAAGUGCUGACACAUGUCCACCAUACAAACUUGGUGCAGUUAAUUGGAUUUUGCACUAGAGAUUCACUUUUUCUCAUCUACGAGUUUGUAGAGAGGGGCACACUAAGUCAACAUCUUCAUGGAUCAGGAUUUCCAACAUUAUCGUGGCCUGUAAGAGUUCAAAUAGCUCUUGAUGCUGCACGAGGAUUAGAGUAUAUUCAUGAACAUACAAAGCCUACAUACAUUCACCGUGAUGUAAAGACAAGCAAUAUUCUGAUAGAUAAGCAGUACCGUGCCAAGGUUGCUGACUUUGGAUUGACAAAGCUUACAGGAUCUGUACUAGGAAGCAUUUCUUUUACAUUUCCAACAAAAUUGGUUGGGACAUUUGGUUAUAUGUCCCCAGAAUAUGCUCGUUUUGGAGAUGUGUCACCCAAAGUUGAUGUGUAUUCAUUUGGAGUUGUCCUGUUUGAAAUUAUUUCUGCUAGAGAAGCUAUAAUCCGUAAUACUAGCACAUCUAAUUCCUCAUCUCAACAGGAUGAACAGAUGGGCCUUGUCACAUGGUUUGAUAGGGUUAUAAAAGAAUCUGGAAGCAAAGACAAGCUUCGUAAUGUUGUUGAUUCAGCACUAGAAGGUGACUAUCCAAUUGAUGAGGUUGAAAAGAUGAUACAACUUGCUGUAGCAUGCACACAAGAGAACCCUGAGUUAAGACCUACUAUGCGAACAGUUGUUGUAGCCCUGAUGACACUGCUUUCAUCUAAAAAUGAAGGUUCCAGCAGUCCUAUAUUCCAGAACUUAAAGCCAUGAUUGGGCUCAAAUAUAUUUCAAGAAAAAAGGUAUGUGCUGUCUCAAAGAAUAUUGACUUUAUCAGGAAAAGGACUUACUAGUAUCUCGUGGAAGAAUUGGAAGAAUUCCUCGCAUAAUAUUAUUCAAGUUUCAAUUGUAUAUUUCCCACAUCUCAUAAGUAUCGUUUAUAUUCAUUAUGAUUACUCAUAUAUUUAUGGACUGUAUUGCACUAGUGGAUACACUUAUUCAGUAUGGUUUACCAUUUGAUUUCAGACUGAAAUCUUUCUUUAUUUUUAGGAUUAUCCGUCAAAAUCCUGAAAGUAUUGGUUAUCAUCCUUGUCUGCAUAGGCAGAGAAAUAGUGUUGCCCUUUAAAUUUUGAGACACUAUAUCAUAGGUAAUUUAAAACUAUUUUGUAGGUGAUUAACUUAAAU